AUGAAAUUACUCCGCGUAAUUAUUACCUUAUUUUCCAUUACUUUGGCUAAUGCAUCAUCAUUUAAUGGGUCAGAUAUUCUAGCAAAUGACAAUGCUGGAAAAAAUAUGUCGAACAGCGUAAAUCCUCAUGUUGCUUUUUAUUCCAUCAAAGCCGAUGAAAUAAGAGCAACAUUUAUUCCAUACGGAGCUAGGUUGACACACUUACUAGUAAAAGAUAGGAAAGGGAAUCCACAAGAUGUGAUUGUAGGGUAUGAUAAAGGAGACGCAUAUAUCAAUGACACUGAAACUGUUCAUUCUUAUUUUGAUGCAGUUGUAGGACGAUAUGCAAAUCGCAUUAAGAAAGGUACCUUUGAAAUAGAUGAUGAAACUUAUCAUGUACCUAAGAAUGAAAACAAUGGAACUAACACGCUUCAUGGUGGAAACAUUGGAUAUGACCAACGCAACUGGACUGUCAUAUCUUACAAUGAAUCUAGUAUCACAUUUAUGCUUGAAGAUGUUGGAUAUGAAGACUUCCCAGGAAAUGUUAUAACUUACGCUACAUACUCUGUGAAAGCUAAUAAAAAGCCCUCAACCUUGACUACUAGACUAGUGAGUAUUCCUUUGGAUGGAGCAACACCGAUUAUGCUUUCGAAUCACAUAUACUGGAAUUUGAAUGCUUUUACUGAUGCUCGGGAUCCUACUGUCUUGAAUGAUAUUUUGUCGAUGCCAUAUUCAAAUAGGUACAUCAAAACCGAUAAAUAUUUAGUUCCAGUGGGUGAUAUUAGCCUUGUUCAAUACAGGGAGGGAACAGAUUUCACGACGCCUAUUGACUUAGGAACUAAUAUCAAGGAAGCAGACGGAGUAUGUGGGCCAAAAUGCACUGGCCUCGAUACUGCAUUUAUUUUAGAUCGUCCACGGUACUCAAAUCCUGAAUCGACUGAUUUGGUUAUACUUAAGUUACAAUCAAAUAAGACGGGAAUAAAAAUGGAGAUGAAAACAAAUCAGCAAUCGUUACAGAUAUACAGUUGCGAUGGACAAGAUGGUACAAUUCCAGUGAAGAGAAGUCAGCAACAUGGAAAUGGCACAACAUAUUUGGAACAGUAUGGAUGUGUUGUUAUUGAGCCACAACAAUGGAUAGAUGGUAUUAAUAAUCUACAAUGGGGUCAGAAUGAAUUUCAAGUAUAUGGCGUUGACACUCAACCAGCAGUUAAUUUUGCUCUGUACGAGUUUAGUUCCAUUGAAUAG